ACAAUUUUUGUGUUCCACUAGAGUGACGAUAGCGUAGGCAGCCGGUGGUUAAAGGCGCUCCGGCAUGGCUGAUGACGGCGGCGGCGGCGGCGGUCGUAAACACUCGUGCAAGACAGCGAGUGAAACCCUAGAGUGGAUCCAUGCCAUCAUAGAAUUCCUCAAGCCUUACAGAUUCUUCAUGGACGCACACGUCGUCAAUUUCUUCAAGGACAAACUGUGGGAAGCUGUUGAUAGAGAGUGGCUGGAUUGUCUGCGGAAAGAGCGUGCGGAGAAACUACUGCACAUUCCUUCCGGCGUGGCCCAGGAUAAUUGGCCUGAUUCACUUAAAGAAUAUGUCCUGACAUCUACGUCCCUUUCACUUCCCCGUGAUCAGGCAGAUCUGCUGGAGGCUUUUCCAGGAGUGAGGACAUCGCCAUUGAAUAAUGUCCUUGUCCAAGGCAUGAAUCAGAAGAAAAAACAUGAAAUAGAAACUCUUGCUGCUGUUAUUGGUUCCAUUGCUAGGAGAACUGGGGCGCGGACUAUUGUGGAUGUUGGUUCUGGUCAGGGCUACCUUGCUCAAGUUCUUUCUUUUGAAUAUGAACUCUCUGUAAUAGCAGUUGAUGCCUCUUCCCACCAUGGGAGCAUCACUGAGGCACGUGCCAAGCGAAUUGAGAAACAUUAUGCAGCUAAGAUACGCAAAUCUAGCUCAGAAAAUAAAGUUUUCAGCAUACCUAAAGCAGUCACAUGCCAAGUGCUAUCUCCUACCAUGUUGGAAGAUGUGAGCAGCUCUUUACUGCAAGCGAAUGAUUUAGAGAACCCAACUAUUUCCAGAGAAAAUAAUGACGAUACACCUCCUGAAGGACAUAGAAGUGAAUCUCCUUUUCCUUCGAAAGCAAAUGAGAAGUCUUCAUUGGUUUUGGCUGGACUUCAUGCCUGUGGUGAUCUUUCAGUGACAAUGCUUAGGUCAUUCCUGGAGUGUGAUGCGGUUAAAGCAGUGGUUAGCAUUGGUUGUUGUUAUAACUUAUUAUCUGAAGACGGCAAUAAAGAGGCUGAUAAUCAAUGUGGUUUCCCACUAAGUGCAGGUGCUAAAUCUGCAAGUUUAUAUCUAGGAAAAAAUGCUCGGGAUCUUGCCUGUCAGAGUGCAGAGAGAUGGAGAAAUUUGGGUGAAGCUGAUGGCCUCCAAAAUUUUGAACUUCAUAUAUUUCGUGCUGCCUUUCAGAUGGUUCUUUGCCAGUACUACCCAGAAGUUAUAACUAGAGGUACUACAAUUGGGCGUCAAGGGAAGGCUUUGCGUCGCAAACACCAUCGAAGGAUACUGGAGUCUAAUGGAGAUAUUAAGUCUGCUAUUUCUGGCACCGAGUUUGCCCAAGGAGUGGAGAGUGGUUCAACCUGGGCUAUAAAUCCCUUGCUUAAUGAUCCUUCUACGUAUCCAAAAUCUUUGAAUGGAAAGUCUAGUUCUGUUGAUAGAUAUUCCGUGUUUGUGAAUUACUGCAAGGCUGGAUUAGGUCGGCUUGGUCUCCAUGAUUCACAGGAUAUUGAAUUAUUUAGUUUGUGGAAGGAAGCAGAAGAAUAUUCAGACCUUGUUGGGCCUUAUUGGGCACUCCGGGCCGGUCUAGGACCUGUUUUGGAAACUCUCUUGCUGCUCGAUAGGUUACUGUUUCUCCAGGAGCAUGGCAAUGUGCUUAUUGAGGCAGUUAUGCUACCUUUGUUCGACCCUCUAUUAUCUCCAAGAAAUAUGGCUUUAAUUGCUGAAAAAGCCUGAAACAAUUUCCAGACUACUAGAACGUGACAGGUAAAAAGCAACACGAGUGGACAAAGUUAAUGUAGUGGUCUAUAGACUCAAGUCACAUGCAAAAUUGCAUACGUGGUGGCAAAUUCAGUAGCACGUAUAUUACUUGAAAUCUAUGCUAUUCUAUUUAUCGAAGUUUAUUCUUACUGGUUCAUUAAUUUUCCAAUAGUAGAUGUGUGUGAUUUUCUAUGUAGUGACGUUUCAGGUGCUAAAGGUAGAAGAAUAUACCUUCCUUUUACAAUGAUAUACAUUAGCACUGUAGAACAUACAUGAACUAGUCUGUCUAUUCAGACUGAAGAAACUUGUUAAAAGAGACUGAAAGGAGCCGAUAAUGUUGUAUUUUGUGUGGAUCCUUUAUUCCGUGGAUGUAAUGUUGGACGGUUAUAAUCGAUAAACUUGAAAGAGUCUCCGUUAAAUUUUUUCGGCUAAUAUGAAGAUAUCAACUUCUUUCAUUACUUCUGUAUAACAUGUACGGGACAUUGUAAGAUAUUGCAGACCCUCGGAUCUUUAAAUGACCUUGGGAAAUGGGACCAGCCAAUGGUGUCGUCCUUACAGAGGUGGCAUCGGUGAGACUUCAUGUUAUAAGUUCUUAUUUCCUAUGACCUACAAAACUGGCUUGGAAUUGUUUCGUUUCAGUUUACUUUGGUAUAGCAAGCAAGUUGAUGUAUGUUAUUCUCAUUAAGUUUCCUUUUCCAUUUUAUUUGAAUAUUCUUUCUAGUU